AUGGACGAGAAGGCAAAGUUUGUGCAGGCAGAUGAACUCAAGAAGUUCGCCUUCUUCGGUGUCGCAGUUUCGACUGUUGCCACUUUGAUCGCUAUCAUUGCUGUUCCACUUCUCUGCCUUCACAUGCAAACUGUUCACUCUGGACUUUCUGAUGAACUCUUGUUCUGCAAAUCGAAGAAUGUUGACAUGAAGAGCGAGAUCAGCAAACUUGCAGUGAUCCGUGAAUCUGGAAGACAAAAGCGUCAAACUCCACAAACUUGCUGCUCGUGCGGUAUUGGAGAGACUGGACCAGCUGGAGUUCCAGGACAAGAGGGAGCCCCAGGAACAGACGGAAAGGCCGGAAACCCAGGAGCACCAGGAGCUGAUGCUGAUGAGCAAGGAUUCCAUUACAAGGCACCAGAAUUCUGUUUCGAUUGCCCAGCUGGACCACCAGGAGCCGUCGGAGGACCAGGACCAAAGGGACCACCAGGACCACCAGGAGGACCAGGAGAGCAAGGAGGACAAGGCCGUGGAGGAAACCGUGGACCACCAGGACCACGUGGAGGGCCAGGAGAGGCUGGACCAGACGGAGAAGCUGGACGUCAAGGACAAGCUGGACAAACUCGCUCUGCACCAUCCCCACCAGGACAACCAGGAGGCCCAGGAGAGCCAGGAGCACCAGGAGAGCCAGGGCCAGAUGGACGUGCUGGACACCCAGGACGCAAUGGACCACCAGGACCACCAGGAGACAAUGGAGGUCAAGGAGAACCAGGAAAGGAUGGAGCCGAUGGAGACAACGGAGCUGCUGGAUCACCAGGACCAAAGGGAUCUUGCGACCACUGCCCACCACCACGCACUGCCCCAGGAUAUUAA